CCGACUCAAAUAAAUGUUGGUCACGAGUUGGGAAACUUAUUCACAUUGCUGUUUGAGAGGAGCGCUGACAUGGACGAUAGUGGCCGUAGUUCACAUCUUUGUAUAACUGUGGCGAAGUACCGAGGACUAUUUAUUCUAGAAAUCCACGGGUGCACCCUCCCUGCUGGACCCCCAGCUCCAGGUCAUAUCACAUCCAUCACCGACUAACACUGACAGCAAUGUGAUGUUGGGUGAACAGGAACAGUGCCAGGCUCAGUGAACGUGUGCAAGGUUCAAACCCACAAACAUGUUAUACAUGUGUUCGAAAUGACCCAGUUCCACCAGAAAAGACUCAAUCAAAGCCAAUAGAUCACACUGAUGGGUUGACAGUCCGUCUCCUGUAGUAAAUGAGGAAUGGUUUUUGUUAGAACCAACAACAUCGAGACUGAUAACACGUGCUUGUAAUGACGGUUCCAACAGCGUUGCUUUAUAACAUCCAAGCAGAAAGCAGCGUUAUUUAAAGCGUAUUUUGUUUGUAUCGAUGACUAAAUGCCUAACUGAUAACCAUUGCUCGCUUGGUCGGAACCUGGAAUAACCCCCCAAAAAGAGUCCCAACGCUUGAGAGAGCUCCAAAAACCAUGCAUUGAUGCAGGACAUGAUAUAGAUACAGUGUUAUCUGCGGAGACAGGAUUGUUGUUGAAUAGAAAACAAGACAAACCAACUACGAUGGCAAAAACAAACCAUUUACCCUUGAUUGACAUGAAACCAUGCAAGCUGUUGCACAGAGGUCAUGUUCCAUACCCAGUCAUCGUUCGGACAAAGUUAAGGCCUAGUGGAGUGUACAAGGUUGCCUACAGGUGGGAGACCAUCUAUGUCGGUUCAUCAAGCAAUAUCAUCAAGGAUCUUCGGAAGCAGUUCAGUGGUAAUGGCAAGCAGGACUUAAUAGAAUUCUUGCUGAAUCUCCCCGAGGAGGAACUUGAGAUGGUAUCAGUGUACUGGCUGGAUAAGACCAUACAUGUCCACAACUGUGGUAAGUCCUACCUGGAAUGUAUCACAUACCUACAGGGAAAGAAACCAAAGUUUAACGACAUACAACCGAUUCUCUGCUCCAUGUCGACUGCCAGUGUGGCAGUUGUCAAUGCUGAUUCCAAAACCUUCACACAUGAAAAUGGACAAUCACAGGAUGUAUCUGUCCGACCUAGCAACGGUACAGAAGAGCGAAAAAAGGUUUUUCGAAGGAGAUUGAGCUCGUUAGAUAAACAUACUGCACCUGAUUUCAGUUUGAUGUCGAGGAAGAGACCCGCGGAAGAGGAUCGAGAGAAAUCGCAGUUCCAUACCGAUUCAAAGAAAAUGAAGACUGAUCAACAUGUAGAACAUUCAAUGCAUCAUUGUCUGACAAAGAGUCCCAAGGACACUCCUAUCUGCCGAAGUGAAACAGCAAACUUAUACUUUUCAACCACGGUGCCCAGUACAAACAUGAACUUAAAGAUGCAGAACAUAGACACACCAGAGAUGUCGCUGAGCAACAUCCCAAGAAGCCCAGUCAUGACCAAGUCAUCAUACAAACAAAGAUCUCAGUCAAUACGAGGAGCUUCUGUUGAUAUGUCCUCGAACCAUGAAAAUCUUACAACCCGUGAGUUGCCUCAACAGUUCUGUAUUUCCCCCCGAUCACCUGAAUUUGAAGAGAGAAUCCAACAUGAUACAGUUGGAUGCAUGGCUGGACGCACAAACAUUAGAAAGGAUAAAAAUGACAAUAUCCCAAUUUCAACUGUCUCUAAAGAGAACCCACCUGCCUGUCCUACCACACUACAGGUAGAUAAGAAUUUCCAAAAGAAGCUACAACUACAGCCAGCCGGAGAUAAAUGUGAAUCGCCCAGUGAAGAAACAUUUCGACAUUACUUAACAGCUCCCCAGGAACAUUCACAGAAAACAAACCCCAGUUUCCAAGCAUCCUCUGAAAGAAAUGAACAGACACACACCGUCAGUUCUACGCAGUCUCUACAUACAGCAAUACAACCCAGGCGGGCGUUAAGGUCCCCAGAGAAAGAUCCAGGAACAAAUGAACACUCAGAUGAAAAACACAAGGAAUCAACAACAUGUGCUCGUGGAGGAAAUGAUCCCGAAAGGAACAUACCUCCUGUUUCUUCGACAUCACCUUCAGGUCUCGCAGAAACACUUUCUGUGCUCACGUCCCAUGCUGUAUCUGAACCAGAACCAGAUACCACAAGGUCACGUACAGGUGUACCUACAAGAGAUAUCUCCAAACUGUUGGAGAUAAUGUUAAAAGCUGCACCCGCCAAACCGGGCUCUGUUGGUUGGAGUAUAAAGCCUAGUGGAAGUAGGAACCUCGUAACAAAGAAUGAGACAACAUCUUUGCCGUACAAAAGCCCAGGUGCCAAUUCUGUAGGGAUGCUGGUUUGUGAGCCCAUUGUCUCCAGUACUCAGACAUGUCCUUCAAAUCAGAGCUCUCAGACAAAAGUUCCAUGCAAAGCAUCUGGAGAGCAACGUUUACAGACAAACGUUCCACGCAAAGCAUCUGGAGAGCAACGUUCGCAGACAAAAGUUCCAAACAUAGCUUCUGGAGAGCUACGUUCACAGACAAAAGUUCCAAACAUAGCUUCUGGGGAGCCACGUUCACAGACAAAAGUUACAAAUAAAGCAUCUGGAGAGCAACGUUUACAGACAAACGUUCCACGGAAAGCAUCUGGAGAGCCCCGUUCACAGAGAAACGUUCCAAAUAAAGCAUCUGGGGAGCAACGUUCACAGACAAACGUUCCACGCAAAGCAUCUGGAGAGCAACGUUCGCAGACAAACGUUCCAAAUAAAGCAUCUGGAGAGCAACGUUCACAGACAAACGUUCCACGCAAAGCAUCUGGAGAGCAACGUUUACAGACAAACGUUUCACGCAAAGCAUCUGGAGAGCAACGUUUACAGACAAACGUUCCACGCAAAGCAUCUGGAGAGCAACGUUUACAGACAAACGUUCCAAAUAAAGCAUCUGGAGAGCAACGUUCACAGACAAACGUUCCACGCAAAGCAUCUGGAGAGCAACGUUUACAGACAAACGUUUCACGCAAAGCAUCUGGAGAGCAACGUUUACAGACAAACGUUUCACGCAAAGCAUCUGGAGAGCAACGUUCGCAGACAAACGUUCCAAAUAAAGCAUCUGGAGAGCCCCGUUCACAGACAAACGUUCCAAACAAAGCAUCUGGAGAGCCCCGUUCACAGACAAACGUUCCAAACAUAGCUUCUGGGCGGCCACGUACACAGACAAACGUUCCGAACAUAGCUUCUGGAGAGAGAGACACGGCCUUCGGACAAAAAGUUCCAAACAUAGCUUCCGUUCUGAGAGAAACGUUCCCAAAGCUCAGACAAAGACAAAAGUUCCAAACAUAG